AUGAACUCCCCACUGCUGCUCCAUAUUAAGCACUAUGUAGCUAUCUUGCCAGAUCUCUGGAGAACGCUGCUCACCCUCAUGGAUUCCUGGUGCUAGCCUGGCCUUGACAUCAUGGGCAUUGCCAAAAGCCAAAAGUAUGCCACUGUCCCAGGAUAUGUGGGAGACAUGACACAUGUUAAGGCACAGGACAAGAAUGUCUCCAGUCCUGCUCCUUUUAGGGUAACCCAAACUGAUUUAAGCCUGAAGGAGCUGCAGGUGAAUGUGAAGAAGGGCUACUACCAGCUAGCCAUCUCUAGGGAUAGCAUCUACUUCCUGGCCCUCUGGGAGGGUGUGGCCAGGGGUCAGGCUGCACUGCUACAGCCUGGCAGGAUUGGUGUGGACUUGGAGUGGAAGAGAUCUCCAUUUGCUGUGCUGGGCCAGUCUCAUGCAUCCUUUCUGCAAGUAGCUAAGGAAUGUAUUCUGUUGGAUGUGCCUGAACUCUCUCCCACCUGGAGGGGGACACAGUCUUUCUCUAGGCUACUGUCCCAGCUUCUCUCAGACUACUCUAUCACCAAACUAGAACACCACAUUUGGGGCAAUGUGGACCCGCUGCUGGUGCACAAGCAGGAGAGCAUCCACACUUCCCUAACCCUGAAGCCCUCUCCUUGCUGCCAAGCUUCCCCAAAAGCAACUGGUCAAGGAUUUUACUGGCACAGGAGUAGGAUGACACAGGCUGGUGUGGCAAGCCAUCAUCCCCCAGGGCCAGUGCCUCACUUCAACAGGGUUUCUUUGACAGAAGGGUGGGGGACGACAUUAUCUGUGGAUAAGACUGGAGAGCCACGAGGCCUGAACCUCCUGGUAUAGCAAGGACUGGGCAAGCUCUUGAGCAAAGCACAGCAGCUCUCCAACUGGUACUGAUGACCACUUUGUGAGGAGGAGCUUGUCUAUAUGGGUGUAGAAGGGCAGAGCAGAGCUGUAACCACACACACACACACACACACACACACACACACACACACACACACACCUCCUUACCUUCUGCACAGGCUAAUUGUCCCUGCCAGGGCCUUCCAUGUAAUAUGUGACAGCAUGCUCUGGGGGCUUGCACAGAGCCUUGCUGUCUUGCUCUGUGCCCAAGUUGGGGCUGGUCGCUGCCUCUCUGUAAACAGUACCCUCAAGGCCCAACAGCAAGCCAAAGGCAUGCUCAGGCACUUCAGUGUACGAGUCAUUCAUACAGGUAUCUUCAGCUGCUGCCAGGCCUGCAACAGUGACCAGUACCUUUUUUCUAGAGGACACAUAGGCCAACACUUUAGCUACAUGACCAAUGGCACACCACUGCGGCUGGCAGGAGUCCUAUCUGGCAUGCUAAAGAAGCUUCAGCUGCAACAUUUCUACUGUUUUGAGCAAUGUGGCAAGAUUUUCUGGGAUAGCUCCCACCUAGGCCUCAUCAUCACACACUUCCAUGAGGUCCUGGAGAGGCCCUCAACUGCUAUGGGCUAAGCCAGGCUCCCAGCACAACCAGUAGACCUUUUUAAAAACAAGGCAGCCAGA